AGGAGCCCAGAGCAGGGACAGAGAGAGGGAUAGAGGGUAGGGAGGCUGGCUCACUCUGCACCCUUGUCAUUUAAUGCAAUGUGCAGGAGAUGAGGCUCUGCACACCCAGCAGGAUCUAUGCAAGAGGAGGGCAGGUGGUGCUUGUCUUGAAGGGUGGCCAUUAAGGAUCUAUCACUGGUCUGCAGUCAGGGAUGUAUGGUUUUUACUGCACUGAUUCCUGAUCAUGGAGAUUGAAAACAUUGUAGCCAACACCGUUCUAUUGAAAGCCAGAGAAGGGGGAGGUGGCAAGCGGAAUGGCCGCAGUAAAAAGUGGAAGGAUAUGCUGAAACUGCCGCACAUUAGUCAGUGUGAGGAGCUCCGGCGUACUAUUGAAAGAGACUACCGCAAUUUGUGUGAGAAGCAGCCGAUAGGUAGACUGCUUUUCAGGCAGUAUUGCGACACCAGGCCGGAGCUGAAAAGAUGCAUUGACUUCCUGGAUUCUGUGGCAGAAUACGAGUUGGCUCCGGAUGAGAAGAGAAAAGAUCAUGGUCUGCUAGUGAUGAACAAGUUCUUUAACAAUAGGUAUUCAACCUGUUUGCCGGAAAUACCUCAGGAAACAGUGCGUGAUUGUAAGGAGGGGCUGGAUCAGAGUCCCUGCAAGGAACUUUUUAAAGAAUGCACUAGAAUUGUCCAUGAUUAUUUGAGUGGAGUUCCAUUUGAAGACUUUCACGAGAGCAUGUACUUUUCACGUUUUCUGCAGUGGAAGUGGCUUGAGAGGCAACCAGUGACAAAAAACACAUUUCGGCAUUACCGGGUGCUGGGUAAAGGAGGAUUUGGAGAGGUGUGCGCAUGUCAAGUCAGAGCCACAGGGAAAAUGUAUGCGUGCAAAAAGCUGGAAAAGAAAAGGAUAAAGAAGAGAAAAGGAGAAGCUAUGGCAUUAAACGAGAAACAGAUAUUAGAAAAAGUAAAUAGUCGAUUUGUAGUUAGUUUAGCCUACACGUAUGAAACGAAGGAUGCCCUUUGCCUAGUAUUAACCAUAAUGAAUGGAGGGGAUUUGAAGUUUCACAUAUACAACAUGGGGAACCCAGGAUUUGAUGAGCAGAGAGCCGUGUUUUACGCUGCAGAGCUGUGCUGUGGGCUGGGAAACCUGCAAAUGGAGAGAAUAGUUUACAGGGACCUGAAGCCAGAAAACAUUUUACUGGAUGACCGUGGACACAUCAGGAUUUCAGAUCUUGGACUAGCAGUGCAGAUACCUGAGGGAGAAACCAUCCGUGGGCGAGUUGGCACAGUGGGCUACAUGGCACCAGAAGUCAUUAACAAUGAAAGCUACACAUUCAGCCCGGACUGGUGGGGUCUCGGCUGCCUUAUAUAUGAAAUGAUUCAGGGACAGUCACCCUUCAGAAAACGUAAAGAGAAGGUAAAGCGUGACGAAGUGGACCGGCGUGUCAAAGAAGAUGAGGAAACCUAUUCAGAUAAAUUUUCAGAGGAUGCCAAAUCUAUCUGCAGGAUGCUACUUGCUAAAGACCCAAAGCAAAGACUGGGAUGUACAGGAGAUGGAGCAAGUGCUGUAAAACAGCACCCAAUUUUCAGGAACAUCAACUUCAAGCGUCUAGAAGCCAACAUCUUGGAUCCACCAUUUGUUCCAGAUCCACGAGCUGUAUAUUGUAAGGACGUGUUGGAUAUUGAGCAGUUUUCCACAGUGAAAGGAGUUAACUUGGACACAACGGAUGAUGAUUUCUAUUCAAAGUUUGUAACAGGCUGUGUCUCCAUCCCCUGGCAAGAAGAGAUGAUUGAAACAGACUGUUUUAAAGACAUCAAUGUUUAUGAGACGGAUGGCUACUUGUCUCCAGAUCUAGAUGUGAGCAAACAGAACAUUAGACCAAAGAGAAGCUUCUUCCAUCGACUGUUCCGAAGAGGGGUCUGUUUUAAAUCUUCCUACAGUGACGAUGAAGAAGAUGCCUCCCGACCAUGAACCACUGUCCAAUAGCCAAAAAAAAAUCAAAUACCAGAGCGUUAAACUGCAAAUAUUUUAUUGUAUCUAUAAACUGUAAAGGUGUAUUAUAAAUUAAAAAAAAAAAAAAAUUCUGUAUGAGUUUACAGAUUUUGUACAUUUGUACUUGAAUUAUGUUAAGAUGUAUAUUUUCACGAACAGCGUAUUGUACAAAAAAAGCCAUAUUAAUACCACUCCAAUGCAUACAUAUAUAUGUAUGCCUAUUUAUGGGUGUGAGUACAUAUUAACAGUACUAGUCAAACGUUCUGGUACACUUGCUUGGUAGCAUCAUUGUUAUUCUGGGGUUGAUUUGUUAGUGACGGAUUUGGUAACAUUUACCAAGUCUAUGGCAAACUCAACCAUCAUGGCUGUCAUGCCAUGCUUGAAACAAAUGUUUUCUAUCCCAUCAAAACUGUGUCUUGUUGAGCAAACCUUCAUUUUUCAGCAACAUAAUGCACCUCAAACUUGGGCAAAAACAUUAGGAAUAGUCUAUAAAAGUUCUUUAUGACUUGGCGCUAGAGACUGGGCACAUUAUGUCAUUAGUUGGAGUUGUGCUUUGUUCUCCUUAAUUGCUAUAAUUUCCAAACAUUGCUUUUAUGUGCUAUACAUUUUCUCCAUUGCAAUAUGUGAUCAAGUAAGUUAUAUAAUAGAAAACAUUACCCAUUACGAAAUAAACCAGAAUUCAAACAAGUGUACUCAAAUAUUUGACUGUAUGCGAGCAGUUGUGUCUUCACACAUUAUCUCUACACACACAUCAUAUGUAUGUGUGUGUGUGUGUGUGUGUGUGUGUGUAUAUGCAUAAUUUUAUUUAAAAUAAUUUAAAGUUUGUAAGGCUUUAGCUAAAUUUAGAACUUUUUUUUUUUUUCACAUUACACAGUGCAACAGAAAACCGGUAGGCUUUAUUUUUUAAUUUGAUGAUUAAAAACUCCUAUUUAACCCUCGCUGUGCCAGAGAGGGUCGUGACCGUGGCAUUCCUUGCCCUUGUCGGUACUCACAGGGUUAAAUACCUCAUGGUCAAUCUGUUUAAUCUGUGUGCUGGGUGUCUGAAAUAGUAGACAGCAGGCAAAGGAAGGGUUUGUGUGCACUGUUUAUAUGGUGUCAAGCUAUAUUUUAUUAAAGGAAUCUUUUUACAUA